AUGGACGCUUCUCAGGUCUUCGCGACCGCUCCCGACGCGGCCCUCUUCAAGGGCAUGCUGUCCCCGGCCAGCAUGCGCGAGCCGCACUUCCUGCCUCCUCCGGCCCCAGGCUCGGUCGCCUCGGCCCCACCCGUCCUGAUCCCAGACCACAUCUACCGUGCCGCCCUUGACCCCCGGGUCCCCGUCACCAUCGCCGCGCUCUACGCCGUCACUGCCAAGCUCCUGAACUGGUACAACACCUCCAACUCCAAGAAGCCCUGGGCCAUCAGCAAGACCCGCCUGUUCCACAUCUUCAUCGUUGUCCAUAACAUCUUCCUCGCCGUCUACUCGGCAUGGACCUUCUACGGCAUGGUUGGCGUCAUGCGACGCAGCGUCGUGAACCCCUGGGGCCCUGAGGGGCUCAACGGCUUCGUGGACAGCAUGACUAGGCUUCACGGCCCGGCUGGCCUUGGCAAUGCCGUCUACUACAACCAGCAGGAUGCGCAAUGGACCUCCUACUCCGGCAGCGUCGCCCUCGCCAGCGACGGCACCCCCAGCCGCACCGACCUGGGUCGCAUUUGGAACGAGGGCCUGGCCUUCUACGGUUGGAUCUUCUACCUGAGCAAGUUCUACGAGGUUCUCGACACCCUCAUCAUCCUGGCCAAGGGCAAGCAGAGCUCCGUCCUGCAGACUUACCACCACGCGGGCGCCAUGAUGUGUAUGUGGGCUGGCAUGCGCUACAUGUCCCCACCUAUCUGGAUGUUCGUCUUUGUCAACUCCGGCAUCCACGCCAUGAUGUACACCUAUUACACGCUGAGCGCAUUUUCCAUCCGUGUUCCUGUGUUUAUCAAGCGAACUUUGACAAGCCUGCAAAUCACCCAAUUCCUCGUCGGCGCCUCAUAUGCCAUGAUUCACUCCUUCGUCAGCUACAGCCUUCCUGUGUCAAAGACCGUUGUCCAGGAUGCUACGGCGCCAGUUGCCACUUCCGUCGACGUCGACAACUCCGUACCCGCCCCCGGUCCCGCAUUCCUGGACAACCUUAAGCAGAUGGUCCUCGGCCUCGCAUCAAAGGUGACCACCUCCGUCGCCGAACAGGCAACAUCGGCAGAAGCUAACGCCAAGCCCGAGCAGUCCACCACCACCCAGGAGACCAUUUACACCCAAGAAGUCGUCCCUUGCAUCAACACCACUGGCCAGACCUUCGCCAUCUGGCUCAAUGUCCUGUACCUCGCACCUCUCACCUACCUGUUCGUGAAGUUCUUCAUCACCAGCUACCUUCGACGAUCCAGCGCAGGCUCGGCGCAGGGCAAGGGCAAGGGUUCCCGCGAGAGUCAGGUGACAGUCGCCGAGAAGGCCGGCUGGGACGCCGCUCAGAGCAUCCAGCAGGAGGUAUAUGGCGAGGGUUCUUCCAGCAGUCAAGCAAAUGGCGUGGCUGCCGCAAAUGGCCAGGCCAAUGGCAAGACGAGCAGCCGUGUCCCAAAGCCAGUGACGACCCCGAGGCGUUCGAGGCAUGCUUAA